CACGGACACUUCACCCACGACACACGCCGAGACAAGUACACAGACGCCAAACAGGUGGUCCAGUCCCACCUGAGGAACAAAACAUGAGGAUUUAUCCCGCUUUUCACCUUUCUGGAUACAAUGUCACCAUCGCUAACUGAUUGUGUCUGAAGAGUGCAACCCUUCACGCGCUUCCCGAGGAGUGUCUGGGAAUAUUGGGCGAAUAUGAAAGUGACAGUAUGUUUCGGAAGGACCCGGGUGGUCGUUCCCUGUGGGGAUGGGAAUAUCACAGUACACAAUCUUAUUCAGCAAGCAGCGAUGAGAUAUAAAAAAGCCAUAGCCAAGGACCCAGGCUAUUGGAUUCAAGUUCAUCGUUUAGAACAUGGAGAUGGGGGCAUUUUGGAUCUGGAUGAUGUGCUGUGUGACAUAGCUGACGACAAAGACAGGCUGGUGGCAGUCUAUGAGGAGCAGGACCCCCAUCAUGGAGGUGACGGCACCAGCGCUAGCUCAACAGGUACUCAGAGUCCAGAGCUUUUCAACACGAGCGAGCUCAACUCUACCAACCUGUCUGCCUUCCAGCCCUACCAGACCAGCAGUGAGAUCGAGGUCACCCCCUCAGCCCUCAGGACCAACAUGCCCUUGCAUGUACGGCGCAGCAGUGAUCCAGCCCUGGUAGGCCUGCCAGAAGUCCAGCUCCAGUCAGAUGAACCGUCUCGUAAGAACCCUACACGCUGGUCCACCACUGCAGGGUUUUUGAAAACCAACACCACCAGUGGAACAAAUAGCCUAGAACGAAAGGGUACAGUUCUAGAUGCAUACCGCAGCCUGCCUCGUGAUACUGUCGCCUGGGCGACACAGUUUCAGAGGGAGAACGCCCGCUCGUCUCUCAGUGCCAACCAUCCCUUGGUGGACCGAUGGCUUGAGCGUCAAGAACAGGAAGAAGAGGAGGAGGAGGAGGAAAGAGGUGAUGGAGGAAAGAACGGAAGGAUAGAACCGGUAGGAAGAGCAGACUCCUGUGUAGAAUCAGCCUCACUUGAUGAAAUGUUAAGGCUGGUUGAGGUCUCCAAUGGCGGUGGGCCGCUAGGAAUCCAUGUUGUGCCUUUCAGUGCCAGAGACAGAAGGACGCUUGGUUUGUUAGUCAAGAGGCUGGAGGGAGGCGGAAAGGCGGAGCGUGAAGCUCUGUUCCAGGAGAAUGACUGUAUCGUUCGGAUUAAUAACGGAGAUCUUCGCAACAUCCGAUUUGAACAGGCCCAGAAUUUGUUCAUACAGGCUAUGCGCUCUCCAGUCAUCCUGUUCCAUGUAGUUCCAGCAUUAAAGAAAGCCCAGUAUGAGCAGUUGUAUCAGAAUGAGUUGGGCCUGCAGUCUGGUUCUGGACUUGGUGAUAGAGGUAGCCUGGUGGGAGGAGGUAUGGACUACAGUCUGCAGAGGUUGUCCAAAGCAGAAUCAAAUCGGGGCUUUCCAACAUUACCACAUCCAGCAAACCCAUCGGCCAAGAUGCUACCAGGACCCAUCCAACCUUCCAGACCAGACAGCGUUGCCUCCUCCGUGGGCUACUUCAAAAAGAUUGGCCGCAAGUUCAGUGUUCAGCUAAGGAAAGGUCCAGAGGGGUUGGGUUUUAGCAUCACCUCCAGAGACGUUCCCAUUGGAAGUUCCGCACCCAUAUAUGUGAAAAAUAUUCUCCCCCGAGGAGCCGCCAUCCAGGAUGGCCGUCUUAAAGCAGGAGACCGUCUGCUCAAGGUUAAUGGAGUGGAUCUGAAUGGAAAGACUCAGGAGGAGGUUGUGGCAUUGUUGCGCUCCACUCCCAUGGGAGGCACUGUAGGUCUACUCAUCGUCAGGCAAGAGGAUGUUUUCCUUCCCCGUGAAGUGAAAGCAGAACAAGAUGACUUAAUUUUGACCCCGGAUGGAACGAGAAAGUUUUUGACUUUUGAAAUUCCUCUCAAUGACUCGGGCUCAGCAGGGUUGGGGGUCAGCGUCAAGGGCAACAGAUCUAAAGAAAGCCACGCUGACCUGGGUAUUUUCGUCAAGUCUAUAAUCACUGGAGGAGCCGCUUGCAAGGAUGGGCGGUUGAGGGUUAAUGACCAGCUAAUAGCAGUAAAUGGAGAAUCUUUACUGGAAAAGACAAACCAGGAAGCAAUGGAGACCCUCCGCAAGUCCAUGUCCAUAGAGGGCAACAAGAGAGGCAUGAUUCAGCUCAUCGUGGCUCGUUGGGUCCCAGGGAGAGGAGAGGAGGCUCCAGGUCGUCCACCUGUGCCAAAUCUGCCUCUGAACUCUUCACGAGAAGAACACGAGCGCCGUAUCUCUCAGUCUCUCUGUCCCGGAGAAAACCUGGAUGACAACCACAGCCCACGACCCAACAUGAUGGGUAGAAUGAUGGGUAACUACCAGCUGUCCCCCACUGUGAACAUGCCCCAGGAUGACACCGUCAUCAUUGAAGAUGAUAGGCCACCUGUUCUCCCGGUCCGCUUGUCCGACCAAUCUUCAUCUAGCUCUCACGAUGACAUGGGAUUUGUGACAGAAAUGCCAGAAUCGUGGCCCAGAGAUGUCCAUAUUCAGGACGAAAGUUCCCUCAGUCCAGAUGCAGAUAUGGAUGCCAUAUUUCAGAGGGAAGGCUUUGGAAGGCAGAGCAUGUCUGAAAAGCGGACCAAACAAUACAGUGAUGCUGCACAGCUGGAGAUUAUUAAGAGUCGCAUGUCAAAGAGUAUGGACUUAGCCCACCCACAGAACCAGCUAGCAGACUUAGCCGAUGAGUUUCACCUCACUCCCUACAAAGAGAGGACAGAAGGCAACUCCACACGAGAUGUGGGACCAUCAUUGGGUUUGAAGAAGUCAAGUUCCUUGGAAAGCCUCCAAACAGCUGUUGCCGACGUGACGCUAAAUGGGGAUGUCCCUUUCCACAGGCCCCGCCCCAGAAUCAUCAGGGGGAGGGGCUGCAACGAGAGCUUUCGGGCGGCCAUCGACAAAUCUUACGACACGCCAGUUGUGACCAUAGUCAACCCUGAAGAUGACGACGAGGGCAUGGAUACAUUGGAAGAGGACACAGAGGAGAGCUCUCGGUCGGGCCAUGACUCCAUUUCCACGGCAACUGACCUUACCCUCCCGCCCAGCGGAAUGGCCAACGUGGAGAAACAAGUGAAUGGAGGACGUACCAAAGAUGGCAAGAAGGAGAGGGGUGGGAAAGACAAGAAAGACAAGAGCAAAGCCAAGAAAGGUGUGCUGAAGGGCCUGGGUGACAUGUUCAGGUUUGGCAAACACCGCAAAGACGACAGGCAGCUAGACAAGAUAGAGAGGAAAGGCUCUAGCAAGAACAAGAUAGAAGAAACUCAGGCCACAGAAGAGGAGACACUGAGAAUGAGGCUGGAGCAGGAGAGGAUUCAAGCUAAGACCAGGGAGCUUCGAGAACGACAGGCCAAAGAGAGAGACUAUGCUGAGAUCCAGGACAUCAGCCGCACCUUCAGUUCUGAUGAGGAGCACACCUAUGCAGGGAUUGGCUCUUUGGACUCUUCUGUGGAUAGCAGUAUGGAUCUGAGCCAGAACCCUAGUCAAGAACAGCAUCCCCAGAGCCCAAGAGACCAACCACUGCCCUUAGAGGCUCUCUACGCCCAGGUCAACAAGCUCAACAAUGGACAUCCACCCUCUGCAGACAGCAACAGACUGGCACCUAGCAACCAUGAUCGGAUACAGCGGCUACGGCAGGAGUUCCAGCAGGCCAAGCACGAGGAAGACCCAGAUGACCGCCGUCACUCCUACAGCUUUCAACAGCAACCAUGGGCCAGCUCGGGCUCUUACACGCCGUCGGGGCGGAAUUCUGUUUCUGUGGAGGUCCAAAUGCAGAGACAGAGAGAGGACUCAUUCACACAAGCCCAGAGGCAGUACAACUCCCUACCACGACAACCACGUAAAAACCCUAGCAACGUGUCUCAAGACUCGUGGGAUAAAGUCUACCCUCCCGGCGAUGGCUUUCAGACCACCAAAGAGAACCCUCGCUACUCCAGUUACCAGGGUUCCCAAUCUACCAAUGGCUACCUGGGUUCCAAUGCCACAGGCCUGAACGCCCGCGUACUCCUUGAGACCCAAGAGCUGCUGAGACAGGAGCAGAGACGCAAGGAGCAGGAGGCUAAAACCAAACUCCCCACUAUGGAGGAGACGCCAACACAGCCUCUAAGCCAAACCGCUGUUCCUACCCCGCCCAAAGGUCCCUAUCGACAAGAUGUGCCCCCAUCGCCCACCCAACUCGCCAGACUCAACCGUCUACAGACCCCUGAGAAGGGCCAUCCCUUCUACUCCUGAGAAGAGAGAAGUGAGGAAAAACUGUAUUACAGCAAUAAUGUUGAAUGGAGUGAGACAGAGCUAUAAUAAAUAUAAAGACUGCAUUGAGGAUUCCGGGUAAUUUGUUUGGAGGUUUGUUCGAGUGGGUCCAACUCGUUCCUUUUUUAUAAUUGUAUGAAAUGGAAAUCUUUGUACACACUGAAGAACUUUGUCUGCCAUCAACUUCCUGUGUGUGUGUAUGUAUGUGUGUGUGUGGAAUACAUUGAUGUUACCAUGCUUGGUAAUCUUGACAAUCACAUGACAGCCCAUCGAGGCUUUGAUACAGGGCCGUUCCCACAGUAUUGUGACCUACAUAUCAUGUUUUUACCAAGUAUGUGUGCUGAGAACAUGUACAGUAAGUGGGUAAAAACUGUCAAGAACAUGUCUGGGUCAUAUUUCAUGCAAUAAUCCAAAAGAGAAAAAAAAAAUGCAAUUUCAUAAUGCGUAACAUAUUUUGAGGAUCAUUCAGAUUUAGUUUUGAGAUUGGUUUCAUGACAAUUAAGCAUUUCCCCCAAAUUCUCAUUACUGAAAUGCAUGCGGAUAUUUUACUUUUGAGUUUUUUUUUUUUGUUUUUUUUUUAAUUCCCAUCAUUCCUCAGUGGUGAUACUCAUUAGAUUCUAAUUACUGUAAUUCCUGCUGUCAGUCAAUUAAAACAUUAGCGUGAUUAAUCGCAUGAUUUUUCAUAGUCAGUUGUGAUUAAUCACAGAUUUUGAAUGUGCUGUAAUUUGACUCUAUAUUAUUUUCCUUUAACAAAUUAUAUUUAGUUAUAAUUUAUGAAAGAAUACAAAACAGUAUGUAACAGUAAUUCUAUAAUAAAAUUUUCCAAAAAAAGCUCUACUAAUGUAGUCUUCUGAGGAUUGCGUAUUUCAGAUGCGCAAAAUAGCAUGUCUUGGGAAUUUUUGUGCGAAAUGAAUAUGCAAUUUAGAGGUGUGCCCUAAAGUGCACAAAAUAAAGGCCGUUGUCAAUGCAAAUGAAUUAAAUUGCAAACCUGUAAACCCCGCAAACUAAUUUAUGAUGCCAGAAAGUCAUUUCAGAAAAGGAAGCUGCAAGAGCAAAUUAAUACGAAUGAAAGGCAGGUAUUAAUCUGAUUCAUCAUGCUGUCAUUGUGGCAAAACAGAAACUUUGAGAAUAAAGAAGACAUUGAAUAUCCAUCUAUGACAUGUUUAUUUCGACAGCUCUAACUGUAAUACAAUGUUCCGUUUUUACUAUGAGCAUAUGGGCAGAACAGAGAAUGUUAAAUGUAUAAAUGCAUUUUUCUUGUGUCGACCAAUUGCAGACGAGUGGAGAGUUGGGAAAACCUUUUUGCCAUUCUGUUUGCUGAUGCUAGUGGCACAGAAAUUACACACUUCACUUAGGUAUCAUAUGUUUUUUCCGCAUUACAAUAUUGAGAAAGAGAUUUUUUCAGGUUAAAGUAAUGCAAAUUUUAGUUGUUUUCUUAGUGUGUCAAUCUAAGUACUCGAGCCGUGUAGCUGAACUCAGCUAAUAGACUUUGACAGGUUUGCGAACCCACAACCUACCGCCACAGAAACCCCUUUUAACCUGUCAAACUUGUUACUCACACCUCAUGUGACACUCCUCAUUCCCACCUACUUCAUAAUUGAUUCUACCUAGAUCUUUCCUCUAUUUUGUAGUUAAUAUCCCUUGACUAAUAAGCUCAACUAGAUCUGACCCUGUCUAACAGUGAAUCAGUCCAGACCAGGAAUGAAUCAAUGCCCCUCUUUACAACUGUAUUUGUAUGACUUGCUGGAAGAGUGUAUGAUGCAUUUGAGUAUGUUUCGUGUAUGUGUUUUUUAAACACAGUAGUUGUAGGUGUGACUUUUUAAGCUCUACCUUCAUACAAACCGUCUUUGGUUUUAGUGGUUCUGUCAGAGGCCAGAUCUGUUCCGCACUUAAAUGUUUUAUCACACAAGUUAAUGGGCAUUUGCUCGCACACGUUCCACAAUAAUACAACAAAGCUCAGGUUACAGCUUACAUCCCCAUAGGCACAAAUAUAGUCUAAUAACUGUUUAAAGGGAGUUCUCCAAAACAUAUUAAAAAAAAAAUUGUUAUUUAAUUCCAACCCCAUAUGAUUUCCUUGUAACACUUUAUUUUGAUGGUCCCAAAUAGAUAUUUAACUGACUAUAAAUG